AUGGGAAGAUGUCUUUUCACAAAGAUUCUUCUCCUAUCAGCUGCUGUCGUUUCUCAGGAGUCGCUGGAUUUGAGCUCAAGUGAUAGUAGCGAAACUCAGCCGCCGUAUUGGAAGACGGAUAUUUGCAAGAAUAUCUAUCCUUCACAAUGUGCGGAAACUGAAGAAACAAUGGCCCGCCGAUGCGGUGGUGUCCGUCAAUUCGUCCCCCGCGUCGACCCGGAGAACAUUUGCUGCCCAAAAUACGGCUGCAUCUGCAACGGGAUAGAAGACGCCAACGGUGUCUUCCAGGGGUCAACGGAGAAAGUGAUCGACAAAAUGCGCUAUCACUUUGGUAACUGCACGGUGAUCCGGGGCUCGGUCGUCAUUGAAAAGAAUUUGGAGGAUGAAUGUAUUUUUGAAACUCAUGAUCAUUGCGACGAAGUUCCAUCAGGGCAAGAUCCCUACGAGAUGAACGAAAUUCUCAAGCAAAUUGAAGAGAUCUGGGGUUUCUUGAGCGUCGAAGCAGAUCAUGUCACCGAAUUGCGAUUUGAAAAUCUACGCAUCAUCAAAGGCUUGCACACCAAGAAAAAGGAUACAUAUAAAAAACUGUUCCAAAACACGCCGCCAUUUCAAAUCGCUACAUCCCUGUACUUACAAAUGCCGAGUUUGAAGAUACUAACCUUUCCGAAGCUUAAGGAGAUUACCCGUGGAAAUGUGAUGAUAAACGGCGGCGAUAAAAAGCUUUGUCUGCCGCUGACAGUGGAUUAUUAUGGGGAAUUGUUCGCCCAUCCGUGCAGCAAAGAAGUGGAACUUCAACUCAACAAGACCGAAUCGGAGUGCCAAGACAUCUACUUCUACGAUAUCUGCAAUGAAUAUUUUGACAACAGAUAUUUUCCUCCUUACAAGAAAAAUCGAAAAAAGCUCUUUGAGAUGGAAGCAAAAAACUUUGAAGAGAUAAGAUACGCAAAGAAGUGCAACUACUGCCAGGAUGAAUAUCAGAAUCGUAUCCAGACCCUUGGUGGCUCUUCAGGCGAUGCAGCGAAAUUGAAGAAACGGUGCUGGCACAGCGAUACUUGCCAGAUUCUGUCGAAGACAGUCUGUACUGGCCCGAUUUCGCGCUUUUGCGGGGGGCCGAAUAGCAUCUUUAUGAAGACCACGCGAAGAUGUAAUUUAGGUCUUCUCUCUCAAUCCGGAAAAGAAUUCGAUUGGGCGCCCAAAAACGAAUUCGACGAGUGCUGUCCGAAUUCAUGCUCUGGUGGCUGCGACUCGUUUCAAAGUAGAGUUCCAUCGAUCGAGAGACCGGGCCGCCUAAUCGACCAAAUUUGGACGACUUGCUCCUCCUGCAAAAAUGACAACGACAAGAAGAUCUAUAAAAACACGUUUUUCCUCGAGCGAUGCUUGCCAACUUGCAUGCACAGCUUCCGAGUGCCGCUUAUGUUCGUAGAAUCAAACGGAGAAUCGUCCACAAAGAAAUUCGAGGGCGAGUAUUGUCGCGAAUCGUCGCAAUGCAAGAAUCGUUUGGUCCACGAUAUCGAAGACUCCAACUGCGUGCGAUACUGUGGCAAGCGUUUUGGAAAAUACAAUUCCAUUGAGUACGAAGCGCUUGUUGCUCAAAAUAUGACGAAUCCGAGGUGCAGGCGAUGCGAUGUCGCUCAACCCCUUACGCUCAAGAAUUCGACCAUCGACUACGGCUACAACUGCACGUCUGGGCAUUUCCCGGAGGCGCCAGUGGUCUGCUGGGGCAUGGAUCAUCCUAAAUGGAAGAACAUGAUGACGGGACUAGACUUGGAAGUCGACAAUAUGGUCCCAUUUUUUGAAAAGCAUCAUGAAGACUUUUCAAAGUGCAAUAUUAUCGAUGGCGAUCUACGAAUUCACCAAGGCCACAAAGCCAACGAAUCUAUGGAGUGGAAGCUCUGCAAUGCUUUUCGAAAUGUCAAGUUCAUCACUGGCCAUCUUUUCAUCGCCAAUUGGCCGAUGGAGACUCUCGGUUGUUUAGAGAACUUGAAAGUUAUUAGCGGAAAGUCGGAUACUCGCGAGUCCCAGACAUUUGACGAGACCGACCAAAUGGGCUUCAUUCUUAAAAAGCGAGAGGAUGGUACUGAAAACAUGAAGAACUCGCUCAAGUACAUUGGCAAGAAUUUCUCAGUCAUGGCCGGAAUUUCUAUCCAAUUCGCUCCGGCAAACAAAAACGUCGUUAUUUGCAAUACGCAAGAAGAAAAUCUGGAGAACUUUGUGAUCGGCCAAGGAGACGAAAAACCAGUGGUCAAGCUUCAUGUUUCUUACGACAAGCAGCAUGAAGAUAUUUACAAUAUCAAGGAUCACGAUGAUGAGAUAAAGGCGAAGAUUGACGAGAUUUUGGAAGACCAAUGCGGCAACAAAAACGCAUGCCAUUCUGAAUGCCUAAACGGAUGUUUUGGACCGUCCGAAAGUGAUUGUAGAAGCUGCAAGAAUUUUCUCGACAAAACUAUCGAAAUUCCUUAUGAGGAUGGCUUGGGUCCGGAAACUCAAAACAGCGGCGAAAUACAGGGCGCGAAUACUACUGAUGCUUUCUACAACCUUGAUGAAUACUUUCAAGCUAGCAUGAUUCACGAGGCAGAAGUUGAAAACACUCCGGAAUCCAACAGGAGCAAAACUUUUAAAGGACCAAGAGUUGAAAACUAUCGAAAUUUACUCAGACCGAGAUGCGUGGAAAAAUGCCCUCGAGAAUUGCGUUUUGCGAACGAAGCGACGAAAGAAUGCCUCCCUUGUGAUAAAGAGUGCCAUCCUGAACAUGGCUGCAAAGGAUUGAUGGAUACGGACUGCGAUCAAUGCAGGAACUUUCGCGUCAACUAUGAAAAGGCGAGCACAAACAGCGAAAAUGAAGCCGUCUGCGAUUGUAGUUUUGAAGUUAGCGAGAAGAACAACCAAGAAAUCACAUUCAAAGGCAAAGGAAACAAAUGCAAAGAAAAACUAAAGGAUCUCGACUUGAACAACGAAGAAGAAAGAGGAAAUAAAACCGUGAUUGAAUUCUUAAACAAGAAAGGUUGUGGAGACUCGAAUGGAGGAAUCGUCAUUAAGAACGACAAUGGAAAGAUUAAAUUCGUUACGUGCUGGGAAGAUGAUUUGCCAGUUGGUGCCCAAAUCAGUAUCUAUGUCUCUGUUGCUUUGGUUUUUAUGUCGAUCGCAUCUGUCUUUAUCUACCGAAACUACAGCAGCCGACUUCUCAAGCGGGGCAAAACGAAAGAUGCGAUGCGUCUGUUCCACUCGCAGCCAAACGAUCUCCUACCGGAGUCGGGCGGCGGUCCCGAUCAACGAAGAUUCCAUCCCGUCACCCGAUUCAGCCAUAAUGAUCUCAUCUUUGGCGAACAGCUGGGAGAGGGGCACUUCGGUUUGGUGUUCGAAGCAACCCUGCGAAUCAGAGUUAUGCGCGACGUAAAACCAAGAAAUUCAUCGUCAACUUCUAACCCACGGACUGGAUCUUCAAGCGAUGUUCCACUGGUUCCCAGACGCGAGGAAAUCAUUGUCGAUAUUCCAGUCGCGGCGAAACAGAUCAAGCCGAAGGUUCGCCCGAUUCGCGAUAUUCUCUGGCUAUGCAGUGAGAAAGAUUUAUUCACGGAGGAAAAUCAAAAAGAACGCAUUCUCAAGAAGCUGAAAGAAUACGGAAGUGAUCGACUUUCGAUCUCUGGUUUGGAUCAGAAAAGCGUCGUUGAUCCAGACUUCCUCUACGAGCUACAGACGUUGGAAGCUCGAGUGAACGAAAAGGAACUUUUUGACGAAACUGCUAAUUUUCACUUUCUCCGCCACGAGCACUUGGUAAAGGUUCAUGGCAUUUCUGAGCAUCAUGCCGAUCCCAGCCGCCGCUUGCAGAUUACUUCGCCGUCGAUGGUGCUAGAAUUUGCGCUGAAAGGCGCUCUGGACAAAUAUGUGCAUAAGAUGAUGUUCAAGCAAAAAAAUAAACUAGACGAACGCUACACGAUCCAAUGGUUUUACCAAAUCUCUGACGCGAUGCAAUAUCUUCACGAAAACAACGUUUUCCACCGCGAUCUGGCAGCGCGGAAUAUUCUUCUCACUGACGAUCUGAAAGCUCUAGUCGGCGACUUUGGUCUCGCCGCACUCGCGCCAAAGUCGGCAAAAAGCGGCGAAGAAUUUACAAUGGACAAGAAGCAGAUUCCAUGCCUCUGGUAUCCGUUUGAAAGCCUUCGAAAUGACACGAUGGAGAAAGUUUUUUCCUCGAAAGGCGAUGUGUACUCGUUUGGCAUGCUCAUGUGGGAGGUCCUUUCUGGCUGCCCGCCGGGACGACCGAUGUUCUUCGGCAAUAGAAUUCUCAACAAGGACGGAUCCUACAACGAACAAGCCCAUAUCAACCUCCUUCGCGAUGAGGAAAUGCCAUCAACUCCGAUUUGUCGACCUAGUCCAAAAGAAGAGUACUACACUUGCACGAAUGAUUUCUAUAACGAUUUUAUGAAGCCCUGCUGGUCUAAGGAACCGAGCAAUCGUCCCGAUUUCGCGAUUUUAAAGAAGAAAUUCGACGGAAUCCGCGGCAAAGCGAAAGACUACAUCCUGCUGGACAAGCAAGAGGGCAAGAAACUGUCAAGAAGCAGCGCAAGUACCCUCCGCACUCUGGAAAAACAGCAUUCGCAGCUUUCUACUUCCCCUCUCGCCGCCGAAUCUCCAAGUCUCGACUCUCCAAUCCGUCUCACAGAGACGCAAAUCCACGCGACCAGAAACUUCGAUCCUUUGAACGCGAAUUACUCCUUUGUCUCAAGGAAUCAGCCAGUUUAUGAGAAUCAGGAAUCGCCAAUGCGCCCAGUUCAGCCGCCCUCAAUGCCUUCGAAUUUCCGCGGCCAAACUUCCGCAUUCCAAUUUCCCAUGAACAGACAGCCACGAAACUCGGACAAUGGCCAGUCUACCACUUCCGCUACGAAUUUACAUUACACAGGGGGCUCAUUUGAUAGCCCAACUAGAACUGUACAGAAUCGCCUCUAUUCCAACGCUACGCAGCUGACAAACCUCACCAAUAGCAUCCCCGAAACUUCCUCCCAGUAUCAAAACGUCAACGACGACGUAUUUUCCAACCCAAACAACGAAAGCCGUGCUCUGCUCGAAGAAGAUGAGCAAUACGAUGCAUAUCAAAAUGCUGCGCCAAGUAGUGACGUUUAUUUGGUCCCUCGUUCCUGA